AUGCUUACCCCCGGAAAACACCACUGGCUAAGGCCAGGCUACUACAACGCCCCUUCGUUCCGCCAAAUCUGCCGUGACAGCUGGCUGAAUAUACUCACAGAAACCCUUUGCGUUAUCUUAGCACUUCUUCUCUGGAGAUUGUGCCCACCCGUAAUCCCUCACCACUUCCCUUACUUCGAGGGCAUAGAGACCCAUCCUAUUGGCUUGAAAUACUCACAGCCACUGCAAGAAGAGUACAUCAACACCAUGAUGAUGUCAGCCAUCUCGUUUCUCGUCCCUAGCAGCAUCAUGCUAGUCAUGAAUCUAUGGGUACUUAGAGACUACUACAAUUGGGAUGCAUCGUUCACAGGCCUCAGCUACGCCCUCUCAACAUCAACCCUAUUCUCCUGCAUCAUCAAAGUCUUCAUCGGCGGGCUCCGACCAAAUUUCUACGGGAUAUGCAGACCAGCGACCUACCUUCCUGAAUCCACUACCGCGUCAGCUCCCCCCGUGCGGUCUCUCGUCCAAUACUACACAGUCGACCAACUCUGCACCAACCCCGACAAAUUCACCCUCAACGAAGCGCAAAAAAGCUUUCCAGCCAGCCACGCCUCCUCCGCAUUCGCCGGCUUCAUGUUCCUCGCGCUUUGGCUCAGUGCACACUACAAGACGCUCGGGCGCGCCCUCCAAGGUCCCGGAUGCAAUUUUAAACCCCUCUCAGAUCAAUACUUUGAUGCGGUUCCGCACUGGAAACUCAUUGUCUUUUCGACUCCGCUGUGGGUCGCUGUUGCGCUUUCGUUGUUUAAACUGAGAGAUGGAUGGCAUCAUCCUGUUGAUGUGGCGUGCGGAGCGUGUAUUGGCGCGUUCUUUGCCGUGGUGGCGUAUAAGAUGGUUUUUUGGAGUGUGUGGGAUGCGAGGGAUAAUCAUAUACCGAGGAGGCAUGCGGAUGGUUUUGAGGAGGGGGUAGAACGUUAUAGGGAUUGA